AUGCAAAGUUCAAACGAUCAUAUAAGAUAUGAAAAACUCGCUUACAUCUUAGAAAACACAACCUCCCAUGCACGUCACCUCCCCGUCUCUUCCUCUCAUGCUUUUGCGUACCCUACACUCGCGCUGUUCGUCUCUUUGGAUUCGUUGGAAUCGCAUUGUCUGAACCUGGGCUCUGGUUGGAUUUUCGGAUAUAGCGAAGCGAAGUAUGGUUGGUGGAGGUGGAGACUAACAGGAUUGAAAUCUGAGGGGUACUUGCAUGAUUAUGACUACUCUUCCACUCUGGAUUCGGACACAGGAUCAAGCAAAAUAAAUGUGAACAAGAAUCCAAGACGGAAUUUUAUAAAAGAGAAACUCACAUCCGUCUUGUUUCGCUUUGGUCAUGACGCGAGUCAACUGGAUGACGCAUGGAUGUUGACUAUGCCAAGCUAUCUAGGCAUAGAAGGGAUCAAUCCGCUCACCGUAUUUUACUGUUACAAGAAGCCAGGUGAAAUCAUGUCAGAUUGUGUAACUCGUCUUUGGAUUGUCGUUCUUGAGGUGCAUAAUACAUUUGGAGAGCGACACGUCUAUGUUCUCCAAACAGGCUCACAACAUGAAGAUAAAGCAACUGCUCCAGGGUUCACGCACUCCUGGACGUUUCCACGUCAAUUCCACGUUUCACCCUUCAACGAUCGUUCAGGAUACUAUACUUGCUCGAUUACCGCGCCUCCUCACCCUCCGCCUUCUCUUUCUUCAUCAACGGCGACGCUGGCUCUCAACAAGACGAACUUAAGCGACUCCCCUAUUGCACUCCCGAGAAUCCGGAUUCAGCUGUAUACACCGGACAAGAAACUCAAACUCACAGCUUCGCUACGUUCGACAUCUGCAGUUCCACUUACGACACCGACUUUGUUAGCGACGUUGGUCCGAUAUCCAAUUACGCUAUUUCUUUCCUUCCCGCGAAUCGCGUGGCAGGCGUUUCAUUUACACUAUCGCCGUAGGCUUGACGUGUAUGCACGACCUGAGCCGCGUUCCAUUGACCCGUUGCUGGAAGGAGCCUUCGUUGGUCACGAAAUCGAUGGAACCAGUCCGAGUACUACUCAACACGGGAUGGAGCUGGGUACUAAGGGGCUUCUGCUACGUAACGAAGUUCAGCAGAAUGAAGAUGGGUUUGGUAUCGGCGGUGGGGUUGGGUGGCAACCCGAAGGCAUUUUAGAACGUUAUGCACGGAUGAGGAUAGAACACCUCCUCGAACUCCGUUCCCGAGAAACAGGCAUCCGUGUCCGUCUUCUCUCGUCAAAUCCAGCUAUCAAGCCUAGGCAAUUCUUUCCUGACCCUGGAAUCCCAAAAGUUGUCGAAACACCCUCUCACGAUCGCGAACUUAGAGCAUUACUAGUUGUAAAUGGAGAGUCCAAACUACAACCACUCACAACGACAGAGCUGACCAUUGCCACCCGCUCCUCACGUGCUUUCCUCCUUAUGCUCACCAGCCCGUCACCCGCUCAUUCCCUCCUUCUCGUGAGAGAUACGGAAGGCUUACUCAGUGUCUCUGACGAACAUCUCUUUCUCGCCGUUUUCUCUCCGUUGGUUGGGAGCACGAAUGACUCGGCAUUGGUGCAAAGGUUCUUGCAGCGACUUCGGAUAAGCCCUAUUCCUCGUUCUCUUGUUCCUCUUUCGGUGAACAAAGACAAGCCUGGGAGAAAGGACCAGUUAAACAUUCCGGCAGUCAACCCACUUGACGUUGGCCUAUCAGCGCUGCAAUACUUUCAAACUCUUGUGGUGAUUUCGGCCUUUCUUACACUUGCGCACCUCGAGAAGAUCAUUUUUACCAUCACUGGAGCGAGGUUUGUUAGAGGGACAGAGCCUUGGGGUGGGUGGCAGCGUGCUGUGAAUAUUUGGUUAGCUCAGUUUCCAACGGGAGAAGUGGAGGGGGAAGACACUUAG